AGCUGUUUCAUAGUGGGCUGAGAGGCCCCGGGUCCAAAGGGGCCAUGGUCCUAAUUGAGAUGCUCGUGGGCAAGGGCGCAGCAGCAGCUGGCAUGGGGGCUGUCAAGAUGGCCUCGGCUGGCAGCACUGGCACUGCCAUGUCUCUGCUGCAGCCAACGCACGACUUGAUGCGAGGAGUGUCACACCUUGCACCGCCUGAAAAGCUCAGCAGCUUGUUCACAGGCUUUGAUACCGUGGCUGACUCACUGGCACACUCCGUGCAGAGCGCCGCAGCGACGCUGUCUCUGGUGUCUCCCUCCAGCGUGGUCGGAGCGGCUGCCUUCAUGGGUACGUUGGGUGGUUUCCACUCCUUUGGCAUUCUGAAGGUGAGUCAGGUUUCAUCAUGGCUCACUGGAGAGGAGGAAGAAGGGGAGCGAAAACCCACCGGCUUUAACUG